AUGUUGAAAAGUCAAAGAGUGCAAAAGCAAAUUCUUUCCCUGGUUAAUAAUGAUGGAACCGUUCUUACAUCUCAAAGGGGUAUAGAAGAGAAAAUUCUCAACUUCUUUGGUAACUUGGUAGGCAAGGCUUCUCCUAGGCUUAAAGGAAUUGAUAUAAUGGUUUUGAGAAGAGGUAACCAGUUGUCUUUGGAGGAAAUGGAAAGUAUGAUUGUUCCCAUUAGUAAUAUGGACAUUGACAAGGCCCUUUAA